CCAGAGAGUUGGCACAGGAUGCACAAUGUCUUCUGCAUCUUUCCCAUCGAGGCCUGGCCCCUCCCACUCAUGCAUGCCCAUGCCAUCCACCCGGGGCCCCAGCUGGAGCCAGGAAGAGAUUGGGGACCUCGUAGUGCUCUGGGGUGAUGCAGAGGUCCAGAGGCAGUUUGUGUGGGGUGGGUGUUCAAAUACCCACAUUUAUGAGGCCUUGUCAGGUGGGAUGUGGAAGCACAGGCACUCCCAAUUGAUGUGGCAGUGCUGCAUAAAUAUCAGGCUUUGUGGGCACAGUGGGUGGCUGUGACCGACCACAAUCAUUAGUCUGGUCAUGCCCCUAAGACCAUGCCCUUUAUGUGGCAGCUGACCAACAUUUUGGUACCCCAGGGUCCAGGCGAUAACCCUGAAGUUUUCACCAGCAGGGGUGGCCUGCCUGAGGCCCCAACCCACCCUCAUCCCUCCAGUGACAGAUCACCAGAGGAGGGGCCCUUAGGUGCUUCCCAGUUCCCCAGCCCAUCUCCCCAGCUUCUACAUCCACUAGCAGCUCAGGGAGCCCUAGCCAUCUGCUCCUUGUGGUAGGGUCUCAGGCUGUGCAGGGACCAAGGCAGCCGCUGGCCAUGUCGCUGCCAGCAGCACCAGCUCGUCCCGGGGGGGCGCCCUGUUUGGGCACCAGCCUGCAACACACCAUGGGCUGCAGACACUGGAUGCAGCUGGAUGCCAUCGCCGAUGGAGAGGCUCACGCUGAGCCACCAGCCUUGGCCAUGGGGGGCAGCAUCUGGACAUGGGGGAGAGGCCACCAGCCCAAGCAGGGAUGUGGACUCCAGGUUGCCACCACAUGGCGUUGGAGCCCUCCGCAUGCACCAACAACACGCACAAGAUUGGACCCUCCUGCUCCAGUGGCUGGUGGAGGUGGCCAAGGAGUGGGAGGAGCAUUUUCUCACCUUCAGAGGAUAUUGGCACUGAAGAAGAAAGAGCUGAUUGAAGACUUUGUAAGCAUCCAUGUGCACAAGAGUGGAUCAACAUUACUGGGAAGAGUCACAGGGGAUCUAGGAAUUAAGAGGAAACAGCAUCUCUAGUCCUAGAGGAAUGGACUUUUUAAAACCUGAUUGUCCUUUCAUUUUUGCCUUUUGUCUACAUUGAACAGUUGCUUUACAUGGACGGAGAGUGCCUGUGCUAUACUCACUGUACAUUGGGUUAACUUGAAUUUGUUUGAC